AUGACGUCCAAACCUGAUUUAUAUGCUGGUUAUAAUGAUUUCAAUCCAUUAUUAGACACAGAUGGUCUUAAAUAUGAUACAGAUUUACAAAAGGCGGUACUGAAAACUAGCCAUGGUCGAAGAGCCCCGCCGACCGCUCAAGCAGCAUCGACUCAAAAGGGUUCAUUAUUUUCAAAAAUGAAAAAUAUAUUUAAUCGUACAAAAAAUACCGGUGCAGUUCAAUCACCCGGUAGUUCAAUGGGUACAAAGCAAGGCACAGCACCAUCUCAACGAUUAGGAACAGCAUCGACAAGGCUAGCACAACAGCAACAACAACAACCGCCCGGUUCUGCUGCUAGAAUGCAAACGGGUGCAAGUCGACUCGGUGGUCAGCGGCCAACAACAGCUGUGCAAGGAGUAGGUUUUAAGACCGGUUCUAUCGAAUCUAGUAUUAGUUCAACAGGAACAAUAAUUCCAACACAGUUUCAAAACAAAGAAGAAACUAACGAAGAUCGAGCAAAACAAAUGGAAAAAAAAGUUAUUGAUUUUGUUGAAGAAAGUUGUAUUGCAUACGAAAAAGGUGAUAUCCAGGAGGCAUUACGAAAAGCUGAAGAGGCGAUGAGAAGCGAAAAAAAUUUAACUAGAUAUAAAGACGAACAAAAUUUGGGUGAAUCCGAUAUCAGUUUAACCGGUUUUGUAGUUUUGAAUUGUGCAAAUAUGUAUUCAAAGUGUGGAAUGAACACGGAAGCACUUAAUCAAUAUAAUAUUAUAUUAAAAAACAAGUUACUACCCGUUUCAAGUCGACUUCGUAUUAAUAUUGGCAAUAUAUAUCUGCACACAAAACAUCACGUAAAAGCGUUAAAGAUGUAUCGAAUGGCACUUGACCAAAUAUCCGAACAAAAUACCGAUAUCAAAUUUAAAGUACGUGAGAAUAUCGCAGCUGUUCAUAUUGAAAUGGGUCAAUAUAACGAAGCGGCACAAUGUUACGAGUCAAUUGUUCAAGAACGUCCAAAUUAUCGUAGCGGAUUCAAUUUAUUAUUAUGUUAUCAUACCUUGGGACAACGAGAAAAAACAAAGCGAGCAUUUACAGAUUUAUUAAAAAUUCCAUUUAUGUCAGCGGAUGAUGACAAUUAUCAAGCACCACUGGAGGACAAACAAGCAAAUUUAGUUAUGGAAGCUAUUCGCGAUGAUCGAUUAAGAACAUUUGAACGAAAGAGACGACGUUUUGCUGAACACAUCAUUGUUACAGCUGCAAAAAUUGUUGGCAGUAAUGUUGAUGGUGAUUUUGUAAUUGGAUACGAAUGGUGUAUAGAACAAGUUCGAAAUUCAACCUAUUUGGAACUCGCAAGUGGACUUGAGAUUCAAAAAGCCAUCGCUUAUUUACGUGAAAAUAAUUUUCAAAAAGCAAUAGCAACAUUAAAAGAAUUUGAAAAAGCAGAGGCAAAACUGGCUAGUGCAGCAUUAACAAAUAAAGGAAAUUGUUGUUUUGCACAAACUGAUUUGGAGAAAGCACGUUAUUAUUACGAAGAAGCAUUGAAUAUUGACGCUGGCUGUGUAGAGGCACUUCAUAAUCUUAUUUUAACAUUAAUGAGAUCAAAUCAAUAUCAACGUGUGAAAGACUUACUGCACAAAUACCAUACAAUACAACCAACAAAUGCACAAGUGUUCUGUUUAAUGGCAAAAGCCUUACAACAGUCCGAUGACAUCGACAAUGCAAAGAGCUGGUAUUUACAAGCGUUAAGCGCAUACCGCAUGGAUGGUCACUUACAGCGGAAAUUAGGCGAAUUGAUUGAUGAACAAGGCGAUAAAUCAGAUGCGUUUCAAUACUUCUAUGAUGCCUAUAGACAUAAUCCGACCGAUAUAGAGACCAUUCAAUGGCUAGCCUCAUAUUAUAUUGAAGCACAAUAUCCAGAGAAAGCUGUUGAGUUUUGUGAACAAGCAGCUUUAGUCAGACCCGGAGAAAUUAAAUGGCAUAUGAUGGUUGCUAGUUGUCAUAGAAGAAGCGGAGACUAUACGGCAGCAUUGGAAAAGUACAAAUGGAUUCAUAGUCAUUUUCCUGAUAAUACAGACUGCAUACAAUUUCUUAUUAAAAUCGCCGCGGAUCUUGGUUUACCAGAAGUGGAACAAUAUCAGAAUGAAUUGAAAAAAGUGAAUAAAAUGAAAGAAGUUCAAUUACAAAGGAAAACAAGUGCUGAAAAAAGUCAAAACAUUGUCAAAGGUCGAAAAAUAUCUUCUGAUGAUAAAAAUGCUGAAUCGCUUCGACCUGAAAACAAUAGUGGACCCUCAAGAGACGGUCGACAAUUGAGUGGAAAAACUCGAAAUAUUGAUUUAGAAAAUACUGAAGGCGUAUUUUCACAAAGAGAACCAAUAUCGGCACAAUUUGACCAACUACCCGAUAAUAUAACCAGUGAAAGACCUAGAACAGCUAUUAGCAAAAAAGAAAUGAAUCCUAUUGCGUUUGAUGACGACGAUAAUGCGGCUGAUUUACUUCCCGACUAA